AUGUCGCAAUACAUUGGAAAGACUAUUUCCCUAAUCUCUCAAGCGGACAUAAGAUACGUUGGAAUUCUUGAGAGCAUUGAUGGCACAAAGGGUACCAUUGCCUUGAAAAAUGUGAGGGUUUUUGGAACCGAAGGUAGAAUUCUUGACCCAAAUAGAAUUGUCUAUCCCUCGACGCAAAUUUACGAGCACAUCAUGUUGAGCGGACCUGAUGUCAAAACACUCAAUAUUUUGGAGGUUCCGAUUGAACAGGUUGUUCCGGAACCCAUUCCCGUGUUUAAUCCUGCCAACUUUUUCCCUCAGGGCCAAAUGCCCUUCCCAAGUCCUGGUCCUCAGCCAGGACAGCCGGCCCCAGUCCAGUCGCCUGUCCCGCAAAUUCCACAGCCAGUCUCGCAAGUUGUUGCACCGCAGGCUCAACCAUCGUCGCCGCUUGUGGCUCAACCACCAGUUCAGCGGCAACAGGCUCAGCCGGUCCAACAGGCAGCAGAAGAGCAUCGCGCUCCAACUGAGAAACAGACAGAGCCUAAGCCUAUCCAGUCUAUAGACGCCAAAACUCCGGUCAAGGAGUCGACUCCAUCCUCCAACUCUGAAGCCCAAAAGGGUGGUAGCAAGCAGUCUCAAAGCACGAAAAAGCCCCAGGCUCCAAUUGGAGACGAUUUCGAUUUCGAGUCCAAUAAUGCCAAGUUUGAGAAGGAGGCCGAGCUGGAAAAUGCCGAAUCAACGUUUUACAACAAAAAAUCGUCGUUCUUUGACAACAUCUCGUCGUCCACGGAGCAAUCAGCUUCCGACAGAAUGAGAUGGCAGGAAGAGAAAAAACUUAACCUGGACACAUUCGGUCAAUCUUCUCUUAGGCACAACAGAGACAGAGGAGGAUACAGGGGGCGGGGAAGAGGCCGUGGAAGGGGAAGGGGAGGUCGUGGAGGAUUUAGAACCCCUGAAUGGGCAUAA